CUCUUUGCUUCGGCUUCAAUUCAUACUGAUUGAGGCGUGUACCUGAGAGUUUUUACUGUUUUAGAAAGUUUAUUUUUUAAUCAGUUUUUAUACAUAGUGCUAUUAAAAGUGAGAAACUAUGAAGUCUGCAGUACUUCUUUUAGCCGUGAUUACGGCCACUAGAGCAAAUAUGUUUAAUCCUUUGGAAAGUAUAUCUGAUUUAACCAAGAAGGCUGCUGAUGCAGUAGAAGGCCUAACAAAAACAAUCGGGGAAGGCAGUAAAACACCUAUACCCGACUCUCUAAAAGUUCCUAGGAAGACAAUACCGGAACUAGUCCAAGCUGAAGGGUAUCCAGUAGAAAGUCAUUAUCUUACCACUCAAGAUGGCUAUAUUCUAAAUAUCUACAGAAUUCCUUAUGGAAAAACUGACAAAAAACCAACAAAAGUGGUAAUACUGCAGCACGGACUUUUGGCAUGUUGUACAGACUGGAUCUUAUUCGGUAAAGAACGAGGUCUGGCUUAUAUCCUCGCUGAUCAAGGAUUUGAUGUUUGGCUAGCAAACUGCAGAGGUAACUAUUAUUCAAGGAAUCAUACCAAACUCAACCCCGACAAAGAUGCAGAAUUUUGGGACUUCAGUUGGCAUGAAAUUGGUAUGUACGAUAUCCCUGCCAUGAUUGAUUAUAUUCUUAAAGAAACUAAACAGGAAAAACUGUAUCAUGUCGGACACUCUCAAGGUACAACUUCAUUUUAUGUUAUGGCUUCAAUGAAACCCGAAUACAACGAGAAAAUCAUUCGUCACGUCAGCCUUGCGCCUGUGGGUUUUAUGAACCAUCUCAGCAGCCCUGUAAUUCAGUUCGUAGCACUCAAUACCCUUCCACUUGGAACACUGUUGCAGUUAAUGGGACGUAAUGAAUUUAUGCCCGAAGACGGCUUUCUUAAUUUGUUUACCGAUGUUUUUUGUUCGAAUAUUGGUGUGAAUAAGGCAAUAUGCAAGAACGUACUAUUUCUAAUGGCUGGAUUUAAUGAAGAUCAAAUAAACAACGAUGACAUCCCACUGAUUAUGACAUAUUACCCAGCUGGAGCGGCAACCCGUCAAAUCAUGCAUUACGGACAAGAAGUCAAUUCUCACAGAUUCUGUAGGUACGAUUAUGGGCUUAUGAAAAAUAACAAACUUUACUCAGGCCGGCUUACACCACCAGAUUAUGAAUUGAAUAAAAUCACGUCAAAAAUUUAUUUGAUCUUCAGUAAAAACGACUGGUUAUCAUCUGAUAUAGAUGUUGAAAGAUUGGAGAAUGCACUUCCAAAUAAGGUGAAGAUUGAGGCCCCGCUGAAAAAUUGUAAUCACCUUGAUUACCUCUUUGGCAAAGAUGCUCCAAGGCUAAUCUACCCGUUAAUCACCAAAAUCCUUACAGAAAAUUAAUUAAUGGUCUUUAGAAGCAAAGAUUUUCAAACAUUGUGUUGUUUUAAUUUGUAUUGUGAAUUUUAAAUAUUUUUAUAACAAUUGUGAUACUUACACAUCAAAAACAUUUUACUUCUGGUGUGAAAAUUAUGUAUUUUAUUAAUAAAAUUUAUAUUAUUGAAUUUGUAAAAUGAAAAAUUUUUUAGAUAUUGUUUCAAAUAAAUAUUUUAAAUCAUUUUUAA